CCUGUUCCAGUAAACUUGGAACAAAGAACCUCAGGCUGUCAAUGGUCGAACCGAGCAUGUGCCACCACAUAUCGUUCUUUUGAUGCUUUGUUUGAAAAAUGCUUCCUAGUAUUAUCAUCAACAGACUAUACACACUACCUCCUUCACCAGACACUCUGUCUCUCUCUACAGUCAUCUCGUUCGCCAGUCAACGAGCACAGAGAAGCUCCAACCACGUCAUGGCCUCAAAGCCCGGGUUUCCAUACUUAAGACUCCACUGCUGCACUUCGUUCACCACUCAAUCUUGAACAUAUAAACCAUCUACCACCCACGAUGCCUAUCUUCGACAAACUCAAGUCCAAACUGGAUACCUACUCCUCCCAGGCCCAGCAAAAAUACUUCCCUGGCCAGCACCACAAUGCCCCUCCCCCUCCCAUCCCCCAGCAAUCCGGUACUCGCAUGGUCUGGCCCCCCAAACUCCUCCAACCGCCAACCGUUCUUGGAGAAGUUCGCGACACAUCCAAUCGCAAGAUCAAUCGUGAUGGCGGGCGAUCUAUACGCUUCAAUGGUCGCCUAUACUACAUGUUUGGUGACACAUUCUGCUUCGACCACAGCGAUGAUUUCAAGGGUGUGGCCAAUAACACCAUUGCGUCGAUCCCGGACCCAUCGGACCCGACGAAGAGCCACUAUUGGGAUGGCAAGAUGUUGACGGACAACUUUGUGCCGCAUACGCCAGCGGAGGCGCAGGAGUGUGAGGAGGGGAAGAAGGAUAAUCGAAGGCUUGUGAAUUGGGUUUUUGGAGGCGUGGUGGAGAGGGAGGAUGGCGGGUGGCUGUGGUUUGAUAAGAUCCGGACCGAGGGUGCGGCGGCGACGAAGUGUUUUGGCAUGGGUGUGGCAAAAGUGCUUGCCAAGGACGAUGGGACGCUGACUUGUGAGAGAGUGGAUGGGGAAAAUAUGGUUUUCGGGGAACACGAGCCACGCUUCUUCAGCAUCACAGCCUACCCACACACCGACGGCUACGUCUACGGCUUCGGCUCCCUCGGCAACGAACUCGGCAACAAACUCGCGCGCGUGCCCAUAAACGCAGACUUCACGCAGCGCAGCUCCUACGAAUUCUUCGCCAAGGGCGGAGCAUCCUGGGUCAAGGACUUCCAAGACCCCAACGCCGACCUCGAAGACGUCAUCGCGGGCAUGUCCCAGGGCGGCAUCCUCUACAUGCCGGACCACGGCCCGGCCGGCAAGCCGUUUGUCUGGUUUGGCGUCAACAAGUUUAUGAGUGGCGACUUUUAUGUCGGUGCGGCGGAGCGGAUUGAGGGGCCGUAUGAUAUUCAUGAGAUUGGGCAUGGGCCAAAGAUUAUGCCCAAGAGUGAUCAUUUGUAUUGUCUUUAUCCGCAUGACUGGGCGAGCGAUUUUGGGAAUGGGAUGGUGUGUGUGAGUUGGAGUGAUGAUGGGGAGUUGGGCGGGAAGGUUGCGGCGGGUAGGUAUUAUUUUGAGAUGGAGUAGCUGCUGCCUGGAAUGUGUUUUCUCAAGCUUGGAAAUACAUAGACUUUCUUCUUUGCUUCAAUACAGAAGAAACAAAAAGGACGUUGCCAUCCGAAUCAAAGCAUUUUUUGAAGCAAUGAUGUGUUAGACUUACUGUGUGAUUAGUACUCGACCCAAAUAUUAUAAUUAUCAUAGUGCAAAA